UCGCGACUUCUCUGAAACACUUCACCAUCGGAGCUUACGGAGCGCAAGGCCAUGGCCGGAGACCGCGAAGGAGACGAGGAAGACGUAGUCUGCUUGGACGGGUCUUUCUUCACCAACGACGAGUACGCUCCUUUCUCUGUAUAGAUAUGCCUUCACCGCUACCAGCUGACCAAAUUCACAUUUGGGUCGCAAGUUCUCGAGCUGUACUGUCUUCAGUCCGCCUCAAGUGAGUUCCUUGCUGCGACUGCACGAACCGAUCUUGGAGCUGGCCAAUUUGGUUUUGUUCAUCUUGUAGCAUCAUGUGCUGGCGGAAUUCCGAUUUUUCUGUUCUUUCGAUGGCGGAGGUUGACUCGGGAAUCUCUGAGGAUGGUGGUGGGUCAUGCCUUGUUUGUUCAUUGAACAAGAGAACUGAUUUUGAUCUGACGGGGCAGCUGGUAUGGCCUGGAGCUAUGCUCUUGAAUGAGUACCUCUCGAAGAACGUUGACUUGCUCCGAGGUUGUUCUGUUAUUGAACUAGGCUCUGGUGUUGGUAUAACAGGAAUCCUUUGCAGUAGAUUUUGUCGUGAAGUCGUGUUGACUGACCAUAAUGAUGAAGUUCUCAAGAUUUUGCAGAAAAACAUAGACCUGCAUUCUUCUUCCGAGAGUUACAGUAAUUGCACAGGAUUAGUGGCUGAGAAGCUAGACUGGGGAAAUGCUGAUCAGAUCAAGCAGAUUUUGGGAAGUCACUCAGGAGGAUUUGAUCUUGUUCUUGGAGCAGACAUAUGCUUUCAACAAGGAAGCGUUCCUUUGCUUUUUGAGACAGUGAGGCUACUAUUGCAAAUACGGGGAAAAGGACGCUGCAAAUUCAUACUGGCCUAUGUGUCUCGAGCUAAAAUGAUGGACUCUAUGGUUAUAAAUGAAGCUACACGACAUGGAAUGAAGAUUGCUGAAGUACCUGGGACUCGGUCUGUUGUGGGGAAUCUGGAAGGGACUAUUUAUGAAGUCAUUCUGUGACAGAUGCACUCAGUGCUUGCAGGAUGUUCAAUGUGAAGAAAACUUGCUUAGAGAAGCAUUCCCUGAUAAUUAGAUGAAAAAUACAAGAUAUUUUAACAACAGAGACAAGAACCUGGUGAAUAUUCUGUGAAGAGACGACAAUCCCAGGACAGGCUACUAAAGACCAUGAUGCAAAAGCUGGCAAUGCAUAUUUCUCACAAAAGCCGUUCAGCCAGAUUAUAGUGAUGAUUUCCUGGUUUUAUGUGAGUUUGGUGUACUUUCCUUUCUACGUCUUCCUGGGAAGGUAUAUUAGAAAUUUUGAAAGGGUUUGUGCUAUCUUUUUAAGUGGAUUAGACACGGUUAAUUUUUUUCAGAUGCAGGGACACUUUUUUUGUAUCUCAUUGAAUUUCGGGUAAUCUUAGUGCCGGUGAGAUUAAUGUUCCAAGAGAUCAAGAGACUCAGGACAAACCCUUUGGUGGUUGUGAUGUGUCUUUAAGCUAUUGUAUGCACUUAUUGAGCAGGAAA